AACGAACGAGAAGUCUGUAUCUGAUUCUGAAAAUAACUUGUAAUGUGAUGUAGAUAAUGGCAAGUUUCACCAUGUCUAACCCCGGAGCAUCUGAUGGGGACAACAGCCCUGCUGGACUCCUACUAAGAAUGGUACAAACUCUACUCAACAAGAAACAAGGUGAUGAUGUAUCGGCUCAAUUUCAGUAUGUUGUCAGAAUCAUCAGUAGCAACCUGACCCCUACCAUUGAAAAUGAUGAGUUUCUGGUCGCUGAAAGAAUCAAACGUAAAUUGGCUAAAGAGAAAAGAGAGUCUGAUGCUGCCGUAUUCUCUGAACUCCACCGGAAAGUCCAGUCCCAGGGUGUACUGAAGAACAGAUGGGCCAUUCUAUACCUGUUGUUCACACUCAGCGAGGAGAAACAAGGCGGAAAACAACUGGGUUCUAAGACAGCAGCUACGAUAUUCGGUAGAGGGUUACCAAAGCUUGCUACCUCUACCCCUUAUGCAACCCGGGAUGACCCACGCGGUGUGGCGCAUCACGGCUCCUCAAUACUUCCGUCUCAAACUCCUCUCCAACGGGAACCAAGUUCCAGUACACUCUCUUCGAAGUCUUCCCAUCUCAGUAGUGGCAUUGGUAGCGGUAUCAGCAGUAUAAGUGGACCCAGCCCAACACCUCAUUCCUUUGCUCCAGGGGCUAUGAUGACCCCCGGUGUACCCCAAGGCAACACUCUAGGACCACAUUCUGUUGGAGGAAGGCUUGCUCGCAUGCUCAUUGGAGACAGCACAACACAAGCAGACAGUGACUUCAAGAGAACUCAUACAGGUGCUAGGCCAGGCAUGCUUGAAAGAGAUCGGACCAGUCAGGACCAGGGUGAAAACGAUUCCUUUGAAGUAGCUGAGAAGACGUUGGUUCAUGAUCUGAUCUAUGUCUUUCAGGGUAUUGAUGGAAAGAUGAUCAAGUAUGAUGCAACGGCUGAUGCGUUUAGGAUAUCAUCAGAGUUGGGAGUUCCUAGAUCCUGUCGAGACCUCGUGCACAAGCUGUCGGAGUUGGGAUGGCUGUACCUGAAGGUUCGAAGAUACAUCGAUGCAAGGAACCAGGACAAAGCAUUUGGACUGGUCGGUCAGAGCCUAUGUGCAGCAUUACAGCAGGAGCUUACUGAAUAUUAUAGACUGCUAGCUGUCCUUGAAGCACAGCAACUUCAAGAACAAGAUGUUGGUUUAGAUGAGGGUUCACCAAGCAACCUUUCCUUGUUUCGUCUGAACGUUUGGACAUUUGAUCCUAUACAUCGGAUGAAACAACUAGCCAUAUUAGUGGAUGGUUGUACAGAUAAAAAAGGAGGAGCGUUGGCAUCUGCUAUCCAUUCCUACACCCUACACGGUGACCCUUCGACCAGACUCCUUAUAAAACACAUUCUACGGCUUGUCGCUUUCCCAAUCCGGACUAUGCUAGAUAGGUGGAUCUUUGAUGGCCAGUUAGAGGAUAAAUACAAUGAAUUUUUCGUUGGCGCAGACCCUAGUGUCAAGGACGAGAAGCUCUGGCAUGACAAGUAUUCUUUACGGAAGUCAAUGAUUCCAUCAUUUAUCACCAUGGAGCAAGCAAGAAAGAUCCUCUCAAUCGGGAAAGCCAUUAACUUCUUACGUCAAGUCUGCAAGGAUCACACCCUCAUCAAGGGGAAGUCCCUGAUGACAUCAACAUCACAAACCAAUAGCUACCAGAACACCGAGAUGCUGCUACAACAAGAUAUGGAUGGCUCGUUUCAACAAGUCAUUGAUAUUGAAUACAGAGAUACUAGCAAGAGACUUCUGUACAUCCUACAGACUCAGUUCAAAUUCCUAGAACACCUCAAGGCAAUGAGGAGAUACCUCCUGCUUGGUCAAGGUGACUUCAUCAAACACUUGAUGGACCUUCUAGAGGCUGAUCUUGCCAAGCCAGCGGACAUGUUGUAUCUUCACAAUUUAAAUGGCGUACUGGAGACUGCUGUCAGAGCGACCAAUGCUCAGUUUGACGACUCGGAUAUACUCAGUCGGCUUGAUGUCAGGCUACUGGAGAUCUCCCCAGGAGACACAGGCUGGGACGUCUUCAGCCUAGACUACCAUCUGGAUGGCCCCAUCAACACCGUCUUCACCGACAGCUGUAAGAUCUUGUACCUCCGGGUCUUCAACUUCCUCUGGAGGGCCAAGCGGAUGGAGUACAUCCUAGCUCAGGUCUGGAAGGGACAGAUGACCAACGCUAAGGCUUUAAGAGCCAUCCCAGAACUAUCGCCGCUCCUUCAUAGAUGUCACAUGAUCGCCACUGAGAUGAUCCAUUUCGUGAAUCAGAUGCAGUACUAUAUUAACUUUGAGGUGAUGGCUUGUUCAUGGGAUGAGAUGUGGAAGGAUGUGACAGAGGCUGAGGAUCUUGAUAAGAUUAUCGCAGCUCAUGAAGUCUUCCUAGAUACGAUCCUCCGAAGAGCGUUGCUUGAUGACGAAUCAAGGCCAUUAUUGACCCAGCUACGAGCGAUCUUUGACCUGAUCAUCAAGUUCCAGAAUGUGCAGGAGGCCAUGUACACUAAUGCUUUGGAGGAACUGGGCAGGAGAUUAGCUGUUACUAAUGCUAUCAGAGCCAGAACUGGACAGGGAGAAUGGGGAACGACUGCUCUGGAGGAGGAAGAGAACGAGAGAAGAAAGGUGGAUUUCCUACGAACUUUCUUGCCAAGCUCAAAGGCCCAGCUGAAAGUACUAGCUCAGUCAUACCAGGACAUGGUGCAGAAAUUCCUGAUGAUGCUGCGGGAUCACCCUGAUGACAGUCUCCGCCUCCUGGCUGUCAGGCUAGAUUUCAACGAAGUGUACCGAGCGAAAGAUCCGAAGCUACGUAGCCCUAUGUCCGCCAUCAGAAAGAAAAGAGUUUACUAAGAGGGUCUGUGCAUGAGGCUAGACAAAUUUGUUACUAUUUUCUAAUCUCAAGUAGUCAGUACUCUUUAAGAAUCCUUACUGGGAGUCAUAGCUGUGUCUUGAAUACCACAAAAAGUCACAUUCCCCAAAGGCUGAGCUAAAGAUCUCAAGCUACAGCACCUUUUGGCAACCAUCAGAAAGAAAAGUUAUCUAAGGAGGUCUUUUUUAUGAGGCUAGGCAAAGGAUUCGCAGAUGUUGUUUGCAUAGUGGUAUGGACAAAUAUGGGAGUGUUUUGUGCAGGUAUGUGAGAGUCCAGAUUUUUAUCUGACUUACAGAUUUUUUUUGUUUUGAUUUUCAGCCUAAUUUCAGCUUAUUUUUGGCUUUCCUCUGUGCA